AUGUGGGAGAAGGCCAUCGAGCUGAGCAAGGAGCUGGCGCACAUGUACGAGAACCACGCCUUCGACUACGAGGGCCUGGGGCAGCUCCUGAAAAAAAGAGCCACAUUUUAUGAGAACAUCAUGAAGGCCAUGCGACCCCAGCCCGAGUAUUUCGCUGUCGGGUACUACGGACAAGGAUUUCCCUCUUUCCUGCGGAACAAGAUUUUCAUUUACCGGGGUAAGGAGUACGAGCGCCGUGAGGAUUUCAACCUGAAGCUGCUGACGCAGUUCCCGGGAGCCGAGAAACUGAGCAGCACCGCGCCCCCGGGAGAGGAGAUCAGAGCAUCCCCCAAACAGUAUGUGCAGUGCUUCCUGGUGAAGCCGGUGAUGAACCUGCCCGCUCGGUACAAGGACAAACCCGUCCCCGAGCAGAUCCUCAAUUAUUACCGAGCCAACGAGGUGCAGCAGUUCACGCACUCCCGCCCCRUUUUUAAGGGUGACAAAGACCCCGACAACGAAUUCGCCGUGAGUUCGUCGCCUUCGCUGGCAUUUCUUGGUGAUUUUUAACCAAAAUUGUCACUUUUUCACUCUCCCUGCAGCUCCGGAGGUUGGGAAUUCGGUGGAGGCGUGGAAAUGGUGUUGGA